AUGCUUACAACCGACUCAGACGCUUCUAAGCAUCUUCUGACAGACGCCGAGGUCUUGCCAAAGCAAAAAAGAAAAUUCAGAUGGACAGUAGAGGAUAAUGAUUCUCCGAAAGAAAUCUACAAUGCUACUUUGUACCUCUCUGUGAUGGUCUUCGGUAUUCUAGGGGCAGCUCGUGGUCUUGAUGAAGGCAAUAUCGGUUCCAAUAUAAGUUUGCCCUCGUUUAGAGAGAGGUUUGGUUUCAACGACCCUAACAAGAGCGAAAACGACCUUGCCAAUCUCAAAUCGAAUAUUGCCUCCAUGGUGCAGUUGGGGUGUGUUGGUGGUGCUCUUCUUGCUGUGUUUACCGUUGAUAGAUUGGGAAGAGUGAAUGCACUUAGGCAAGUCUGCGUUCUAUGGGCAGUUGGCGUUAUCAUUCAACUCACAUCAGCACAAGUGGGCCAGCUUUACGCUGGAAGAAUAAUUGAGGGACUUGCUAUCGGCCAGACCACCACUAUUGGUCCAACUUACUUGGCGGAGGUUGCACCCAAGCUGAUUAGAGGUCUUUGCGGGUGCAUUUUUGCUGGCGCUGUGUACUUAGGUGUGAUGCUCCUGUGUUUCGCCAACUAUGGAACUGCUUUACACAUCUCUGACAGCUCACAGAAGCAGUGGAUUAUCCCUACUUCCUUGAAAAUUAUCUUUGCUGGAGGAAUACUCAUUAUGACCUUCCUAUUUUGUGUCGAGUCACCUAGAUGGCUCAUGAAAGUUGGCAAAGAAGAUAAAGCAACAGAGGCGCUUUGUAAAUUGAGAAAGCUUCCUGCAAGUCAUCCUCUCAUUGUUGGUGAAAUCAACGAUAUUAACGAACAGUUGUUAAUGGAAAACCAGGCGCAAGCUGGAAACUCAUUUAUGAAUAUUGUUAAAGAGUUCAUUCGAGUAAAGGCUAAUAGAUAUAGGUUGUUGGUGAUUGCUAUUCCAGCCCAGUUGCUUGGCCAAUGGUCUGGCUCAAAUGCCGUGACCAUUUAUGCCCCAGAGUUGUUUGGUGUAAUUGGAGUGAAGGGAGUUGAGACAUUAGAGAUGACUGCCAUUGCUGGUGUUGUCAAGUUUAUUUCAGCGUACUUGGGUGCAUUCUUCAUCAUCGAUGCCUUGGGAAGAAAGACGUCAAUGUAUGUGGGUAUCACCCUCCAAUUUGUAUGCGAGUUGUACUACGCUAUAUUUAUGAAUGUUGUUCCAGAGAUUCAUGAUUCACUCAAGGGAUCAAAGAAAAGAGCUUCUCAAGGUGCAGUGGCUGCCAUUUUUCUUUCUGGUACAGGUUGGGUUAUUGGAUUCAAUGCCCUUCAAUACCUCAUGGGGUCGGAAAUCUUUCCAUUGAAAAUUAGAUCGAUAGCUAAUUCACUUGUCAUGGUAUUGCACUUUGCCAAUCAAUAUGGUAACUCUAAAGCACUUCCAGACAUGAUGAUUGCCAUGAAACCAUAUGGUGCCUUUUAUUUCUUUUCAGCAGUGUUGGCAUUCUCGUUAUUCUGGGUCUGGUUUUUCGUUCCUGAGGUGGCUGGCCGCUCUUUGGAAAGUAUUGACGAUAUUUUCAAUUUACCAUGGCACCAAAUUGGCAGACACGGACCCAGACUUUGUCCUGAUCAUUCUGAGCUUAGCAAAAUUCACUAUUCUAACGGUGAGGUGUCUUACGAGGAGAAGGGCGGUUCUGAGCAUAUGGUAGAAGACGUCAACCAUAGUCAAAGGGGAGAAGAUGAAUCUAUAAAGGAUCAUAAGAAGGACGAAGAAAUGGCAGGAGUAGAGGAUUCAUAG